UUAAAAUAUAAGGCAACACAUUUUUAGUAUUUAAAUUUUUUACGAGUAAGCUCUAUAAAAUAUAUGCAUUGUAAUGAGUAAUGGCAUAGAAUCUUUGAGAAACGAARAUAUGAAAAUAUUUUCAAAACAGUUGGGUCAAUAAUCGAAGGUUGUAUGUUUGUACUCAGAAACAUAAUUUUAUUAUACACUCAAAUAUACAAGUGUAGGAAUUGAAACAUAUUGAAAAUUUUUGAAAUUUCAUUUAAGUAAGAUUUAUGAAAGUUAAAAUAAUAUUUUGUACUCACAUUAUCAUUUCAGGCAUCCAAUAUACAAAUGUAUUAAUCUUAUAUCUUUAUUUAGUUUAAUCUUAAAACUUGUCUAAAUUAUUAUUUAAUUUUUGUAAUUAGAGUAACAUGUUUUACGUAUAUGCUACAUGCUAGCAAACUAAUGAGCAGCUUUAUCAAAUAGGGUCAGAUUUGGCAGCUCCUAGUUUGAUAAUGUGAUAAGCAUAUUACUCGAAUUCCGUUCCGUUUUUGAAAUGAAAAUGUUACUAAAAAUAUACCUGUAUUGAGUUAAAGAAUAAUAAAGAACAGCCUGUUUAGUCUUAACGACAGUUGUGAGCAUUUUUUCAGUCUUUGUAAUAUAAGAGAUUUUGAUAAAUCCUUUAUAAAACAGCAAUAGCAACAUAACGGUUACAUGUAUCACAUAAAACUCGUCGAAAUUGAUAAAAUUGUCGAUAUAAGGCAGUUUUGUACAAUUAUUAUGAAAAUGUGACACUUCGUGUUGGUUAUUGUUAUAUUUCAGCCUAUAUCCUUCUGUUACAUAAUGCACAAUUUAAAAGGUAACUUCAUGUUAUAAUUGGGCGUAUGUAUARGGUAAGUUGAGGAAUCAACUUUCUUACUAAGUACUGUCUUCUUUUCUUACGUAUUCUCAAAGACGUUAAAAAGUUGCUGAUCUUGCUGUUCUACAUAAAUUGGUAUUUAUGCCGAAUUUUCGGUUUAAAUAACCAUUGUCAUUGUCUUACUAAUAUUUGUAAAUUACGUACGCAAAGAAUUUUAAUUGAACGAUAUUGCGAAUGCUGUUAUAUUUUUAUCUUGAACUUCGCAUAAUUUACAAAAGCRAAAGUUUCGUUAACUGUUGUACACCAACUGCGGAAAAAAUAAAUGAAAAUUUUCAAGUUUCCAUUGACUUAAUUCAGUCAGUUCAAAUACUUUUUUCGUGCGGUUUGUUCUAUUUCGUUAAAGUUUAGAAAGUCUAAUUUCGAAUGGAGUACCAGUAACUGGAGACCAUUUAAAAACAAAUUUCUACCCGAAACUUAUAUCAACUCGAUGUAUACUUUAUUGACUACUUUUAUCUUUAAAAUUGUUCCACAGAUAUUUCGCAAGAUGACUCCUUUCAAACCGAUGUCUGCUAUAAAACUUGAAGAAGAAGACGAAAUAUUUAAUGAUAAUCCCGACGCGCAUUCGCACUAYGAAGAACCGUCAUUACGAAAAACGCAAUAUACCCAGGAAAACGAAACUAGUAAUCAAAAAUGUAAUUUCAAAGAAAAUAAUACCGUCCAAGACUACGAAACAUCAUCGGCAUACGAGGCUGACGUAGAAAAUUUAAGUUUAACCGAUAUCGAGAGUAACACGAUGCUGCAAAGUCUGACGACACGCUUGUUUCUAACCUYUGACGGCUAUGAAUUUCAACGAUUAGAGCAACCGCGCGGCGACACUGUUUCUGAUGAAAUAGUGUAUGAGCCCGAAAUCACUACACACUCCACUGUCUUCGAAAAAGUGCAAUAUAAAAAGCAUAUACGCUAUUUCCGUCGCACUCCGUCCAAUUUGAGCUUAGACAACGUUGAUGAUAACAAACACAAUGAGAGCACACCAAACGCCGAUCCGCUCAAUGAUCCACCAAAACGCACUCGCAAUACCGCCGAAGCAAAACGCAACCACAACGGCGGCAGUAUGCGUCAACCACCAGCCGUCCAGUCUUUUCCACAAAAUAUACCCGCAUAUGUGCCUAUAAAUGUAAUGAAAUUGGAAAUUAAGAAUCCGGGAAAAUUCGAAAGCGUGGUUAUAGGAGAGCAGCGUGACCGCUUUGAUAAAUUGAUGCCYGUUGUUAAAUGGGAUAUCAAUGGCAACUCGCUGGACGAUGAUUUUUACAUCGAUGACAGUUGGAAUGAUUCCACGGAUAUGAACUGGAAUAAUUCAAGUGAAAAACGKGUUUCUCAAUUUAAAUUAGAUAGUGAGUCGCAGAAGUCUAGCUUUCGCUCCAGUUCGACGACAUUGGAAACGUGGCUGGAUGAAGACUUGCUGGGCAGCUCCCUCAACGAGCGACGCCAAUUCGCUGGUGGCAAUCUGUGUCGGUCCAAGGUUUAAAGCAACGCUGCAUUGCAUAAUCGUGAAGUUGUGAAUCCAAUGUAUUAUUACAARUAUUUAAUAGUAUUCUAUUUGUUAACAUUGUUCAUAUAUCUACCUGCAACGGAUAUACUCGUAUAGCUUAUAUUUACAUGCAUACAUACAAACUUUUUACCUAACAUAUAGUACAUAUGUACAUACUUGUAUGUAUCUAAGAAUGAAAUUGUGUCUUAAAUUAAGCAAUAAUAUGUACUUAUUAUUCCUUUUUUUGCAUUAUAUAGUAUAUAUAUAUAUAUUUCUUCUCAGCGCUCCUCUAA